CUUUAAGAUGCCAUCGUCAGGUAGUUGUAGAAUCAUUGAUAUGGAUUAGCAAUAAUACGCCACUAAUUUACGAGUGAUGGAAUAUAACUUCGAUGGAUUGCAAAUACGUCAACGCGGACAUGUUUUCAUACGGCGAGGAGGACAAACGAGUGUUCAGAAUCGAUUCAAUACUCAAAGAAGAAGGUGCAUAUGUAUUGCGACAUUGCCUUGCCAACCAACUAGGCGGCCAGGCGCUUACACUAGUCCUCAGUCAGCCAUCAAUCAGUGCGAAAAUAGGCAGCGCACAGAAACGCAAAGUUAUCAAUAAAAUGCAAUAUGAUUUACUUUAUCCGAGUGGGGGCCCAGUUGACAUCAGCACCUUUGACGUUACAUUACUGGCGUUUUUGUUGAGGGAAUUACACCCAACGAUGAACAGCGCAAGCAUGGUUUGGAUUAAUCCAAAUCCUGGAGAUUUUUCCGAAGAAGCGGAUGUCACUAGGUUGAGAAUGUUUCGAAACAAAUUCGUUCACGAAGGGUCUUCCAAACUUUCAGAAAAAGAAUUUAGCGCCUUGUAUGUAGAGUUACGGGAUGUUAUCAGUCGUUUGGCCCGAAGUAGUGGAUGCAUAGACUUUUCCGCCAUGGUUGAUCGUCUUGAACAAAAGAAGGUCGGCCCCUUCGAAUCUUUCGAAAGGAAACCCGCAGUCAACGAUCAGUCCACAAGCGUUUCCAGUAGCUUGGAAGAAAACAUUGAUAACUGUGGACAUGAAACCAUUGUUGGCAAACCAGAGUUUCAUGUUAACAAUGUUAGUGCUAAUGAAGAUGGCCUUGAGGGCAAGUGUCGUUACCAUGAAGUGGAGGUCAUAGACCCAGCCGGUUCUUUUGUGUCCUUUCAAGGCUCAGACUCACAAUUUAUGAAACCCCAACUAUUGGUGACACUUUAUUGA